GUUUAUUUUAUUGAAACAUUUUACAUAAAUGGAAGAAAAUAACCGUAUACAGAAUGACGAAGGUCAUAGUGGUGUUAUUGAAAAUACAGCUGACACUAGAAUAAAUGAGCUCCAAGAUGAAAUUAAUUUACUCAAAUCUCAAAUGGAAAAACUUGCCCCUGCAUUCAAUUUAUCCAAGAAAAUGAAUGCUGAAAAGGCCACUGAUUCAAUAGACUUUAUAGCCGAUAAGAUAAAUGUGAUGUUUAUUGAAACUAUGAGAGAAGACUCUGUUAGCAAGAUAAGCUUCGACCAAUAUAAAUAUUCGAUUGAGAACAAGUUCCGUCAGAUCCAGGAUGGAAUUACAAGCAAAAUAGACACUCAGAAAGAUUCAAUCGACACGAGAGUUGGAAAUAUGGAGGAUAAUCAAUCAAAUAUCGAAGAUUCUCUUAUGAAGAUUCGAAACUCUGUAGAUAAGAAGGUUUCUCAAACAGAUUUCGAAGUUUAUCAGUUCAACUCUAGUAAAGCCCAUGCAACAAAGGAAGAGGUAGCUAAACUAAAGGCAUACCUAAAAUUAUACGUUAAAACAGAUGAUUUUGGUGCAACCCAGAACAGCAUUGAUGCUCUUAAAGAGUCAAUGCAUAACGAUUAUUUUGUCAAGUCUGAUGUAUCUCAAAUGCUGGAAAGUGUUAAAGAAGAAAUGUUGUCAAAAACACAUCAAAAGCAAAGUUAUUUUGAAAACACAGUAUUUGAGAAAUUUGAAAACCAACAGUCAUACAUUAAAGAAAAUGCUAGCAACAUCGGCAAGGUUAAUGUUGAGCUGAAAAAGAUUCAUAAAAUGAUUGGAAAAAUAAGAAAAGAAUUAUUAGAGAAAGCAACAUUUUCUGAUAUUGAAAAAGUUUAUCAAGAGAUGGAUAAGUAUUGCAUGUAUCAGCAUCUUGAAGAUCUUGAGGCUCAAGUUACACCACAAAUUCAAACCUUUUCUGAAUCAGUUCAUCAAUUUGGCGAGAAGAUAAUUCAGAUUGAAAAUAUUGUUCAAAGGUUUGAUGAAAUUUUACUCACAAAAGCAUCUAAAGUGACAAUGGAGUCUCUCAAAGAUACUUUACGCAAGGAAUUCGAUUAACAUUUAG